AUGAAUAUGUUGGGGACAACUCUGAAGAAAGGCAAGAUUGCCGAUGCUGCUGACGGCUUUGUGAUUAAUCUGGGCCAGGGGACAGAUAAGCUGGACCUGCAUUUCAACCCGGGCUUUGGUGAAUCCACCAUUGUCUGCAAUCUGGACGGCAACAACUGGGGGCAGGAGCAACCGGAAGAUCACUUGUGCUUCAGCCCAGGGUCAGACGCCAAGUUCACCGUGACCUUUGAUGACAAAUUCAAGGUGAAGCUGCCAGGCGGGCGUCAGUUGGCCUUUCCCAACAGGCUGGGCCACAGCAGCCGGAGCUACCUGAGCGUGCUGGGUGGGUUCAACAGCUCCUCCCCCCAGCCUGAGCUCGCAGGCAAGUGCCAAGCUGCCCCGUGGGAUUAG